CCCCCCCCCCCCCCCCCCCUCUCAAAACUUCGCAAUUGCAUGACAAAUUAACCACUCUCAUUCCAGAUUUACGCCUAUCGAGGUUAGCUUACCUUUACACAUCGAGGAGGAACAAUAGAAACUAGAAAGCGAGAAGAUGGAUAGCCGAGCAAGGAGAAGUAGGGAGACGAGCCCAGACAGAGCAAGGGUAUAUGUGCAGCCCAAGACCAAAACCUUCAAGAAAGUUCAAGUCUUGUAUUAUCUUUGCAGAAAUGGACAGCUUGAACAUCCCCAUUUCAUGGAGGUUCCUCACUUGGCGAAUCAGCAGCUUCGUCUGAAAGAUGUUAUAGAUCGGCUUACUGUUCUCAGAGGUAAAGGCAUGCCGUCUCUGUUCUCUUGGUCCUGCAAAAGGAGCUACAAGAACGGUUACGUGUGGAACGACUUAGGAGAGAAUGACGUAAUCUAUCCAGCUGAAGGAGCUGAGUAUAUCCUCAAGGGGUCCGAGCUUAUAGAAGGAUGUGCAGAGAAGUUUCAGCAGCUUCAAGUAAGCAACAGGCAACACAGCUCAGAACCCAUUUUUUAUUCCAAAAGAAAACUACUCGUUAGUCCACAACACAGAGAACCAGAAGAAGUAGAGUACGUACGAGAGGAAGAGGAAGCAGCAGCAGGAGACAGCAACUCCAACACAACAAAUACAUACUCUCGAUGCUCAAGGGGUGUCUCGACUGACGAAAUCGAAGAGCGCAAGAACCACCAUAAAAUCCAGAACAAUUCCACGGAGAUCACGUUAGACGACGGUUCUCCUCCUUCGACCUGUUCGACCGUUUCAGAGAAAGCACACGAACCCAACAACAAUUCUCAACGGUUCCAAGAUUGCAACUCGGACUCGGUCCCUGAGCGCAUAAUGACUCGUAACUCCGUAUUGUUCCAACUCAUCGCCUGCGGAAGCUCAAUGGCAACGAGGGGAAGAAACGUGAACGUUCCUUCUCCCACAGUCACAAAUGCAAGGAAGAGUAGUAGUAGUAGUAGCCUUCAUAAAGGAGUUCUCUGCAGAACAGCAACAAAGAUGGCGGAAGAGGAUGAGAUCAAUUACAUGUCAGAGAACCCGCGGUUCGGCAACCUGCAAUCGGAAGAGAAGGAAUACUUCAGUGGGAGUAUCGUGGAGUCGAUGACAGAGGACCGGGCUGCGGUGGAACCGGCCUUGAAGAAAUCGGCGUCGUACAACGAAGAGAGGAGCUCGAAGGUUGGAUUGGGAGAAGCAGUAGAAGAGGAAGUGGAGAAGGAAGCAGAGGAGAGGUGCAUGAUGAAAGGGAAAUGCAUUCCACGGAAAAAAUCAUCAUCCUCCAAACAACCAAAAAAAUGAGAAAAAGUACUAGCGCCUUGAAUUGAAUGGAGUGGGGGUGGUUGGGAGACGUAACUGGUAGCUUUUAUUGUAAUAGCAGUGUGUAGUGUUUGUGGUGUACUUUUUAAAUUCUGACUUAUUGCGGAAGGAUUGCAACUGUUUUAACGUUGAAAUGUGGAGGAUGGACGUUGGUGUUUAGAUCCAAACUAGUUGGGACCCGUGCAAUGCACUGGGAAUCCAACCCGUUUGGUCAUGUCACUAAGGCCAUUCUUAGAAUUCUUUCAGGAAAGAAGGGAUUUUAAGAAAUUUCAUCUCAAAA